AAUAACAUUCUUCACCCAUUUUGCUCGUCCCCUUCUAAAGCCCUGCUGAAAGCUCCACAGCCAUCUCCGAUUCGAGAGUCGAUGGGGAAGAAGAAGGUGCAAUCGCAGAGCCAAGACCUGCUCCAAACCCUCACCGACUUCACCAGCAAGGACAACUGGGACAAGUUCUUCACCCUCCGCGGCAGCGACGACUCCUUCGAGUGGUACGCCGAGUGGCCGCAGCUCAGGGACCCCCUCCUCUCCGCCCUCGCCCCAGCCCCUGGUCCCGCCCACGCGCCGCCGCCGCCGCAGAUACUCGUCCCCGGCUGCGGCAACUCCCGCCUCUCCGAGCAACUCUACGACGCCGGGUUUCACUCCGUCACGAACAUCGACUUCUCCAAGGUCGUCAUCUCCGACAUGCUUCGUCGCAAUGUACGCGAUCGGCCUGCGAUGAAGUGGCGCGUCAUGGAUAUGACCAGCAUGCAGUUCUCAGACGAAACGUUUGAUAUUGUUCUUGAUAAAGGUGGAUUGGAUGCUUUAAUGGAGCCAGAGCAUGGGUAUAAGCUGGGAGAUCAAUACUUAUCAGAGGUAAAACGAGUUCUCAUAUCAGGGGGAAAAUUCAUAUGUCUCACCUUGGCAGAAUCACAUGUUCUAGGGUUGCUUUUCUCUAAGUUGAGAUUUGGCUGGAUAAUGAGUAUCCAUGCCAUACCUCUCCAGUCAUGUGAGAAAUCCAGCCUUCAGACCUUUAUGGUGAUUGCUGUCAAAGGGAGUCCUGCUGUGGUACAACCAAUAACAUCAUCCUUUAAUCGCUCGUCACUUGACUGCAAUAGUAACCAGAUUCCUGGUAUGUAUAACGAACUUGAUAAUGAGAAUAGAAUUCGUGAAGAGUACCUCACUGGUUCUGAUGUGUUGCACUCUCUCGAGGAUCUUCGACUGGGAGCUAAAGGUGCUCUGGAUAAACUCAAUCCUGGACGUCGUGUACAGCUUAUUCUAAGCAGUCAAAACUCACGAUAUAGUUUCAGAGCCGUACUUCUUGAUGCACAAGAGCAAUCCGAAACCUUCUUGCGCCAUUGUGGUGUCAUAAUUGUGCCUAAGACUCGGGCUCGUGGGUGGCUCUACUCUUCAGAAGAAGGUCAAUGGAAGGUAGUUGAAAGUGCAGAGGCAGCUCGCCUGAUAAUGGUUUUUCUGGACAGCAGUCAUAUGCAUGCUAGCAUGGAUGACAUUCAGAAAGAUUUGUCUCCUCUGGUCAAGCGGUUGGAACCUGCCAACAAUUAUGGAUCUCAAAUACCGUUCAUGAUGGUUGAUGACCCGAUCAAGGAGAGAGAAUUAGUCCACCAGGUCACAUCUUCCUUGACUGGACGAAUAACCAUAGAGGAUGUGGUUUUCAGUAAUGUUGAAGGUGAUGUCAGUCACAUCUUGCCUGAUGGAGACUUGACAUUCCGGCGUAUGAUUUUUCAAAGGAAUGAGGAUUUGGUGCAGUCUGAGGCUCUGCUAACCAGGGAGGGAUCAACCGUCGUAAGUAGUGGUAAAACUGACAGGAGAAAAGUUUCAUCUUCCAAAUCAAGAAAAAGGGGAAAUCAGAGAAAAACCAAUGCGCCACAAGAAACCCUGAAGAUCUCUCAUGACUAUUUGGCAAGUUUGUACCACUCUGGUAUCUUAUCAGGGUUUAUGUUGGUGUCGUCAUACUUGGAAAAGGUGUCAUCCACGGGAAGGACAGUUAGAGCAGUAGUUAUAGGUCUUGGAGCAGGUCUACUUCCUAUGUUUCUUCACGGGACUAUGCCCUUCAUACAUGUUGAGGUUGUAGAGUUGGAUUCCCUUGUCUUUAGUCUUGCAAAGGAGUACUUUGAUUUCAUUGAAAAUGAUCGGAUGAAGGUACAUAUCACUGAUGGGAUUGAGUUUGUCAGACGGGUUGCAAGUACUGUUGCACCUGUGGGGGCUGCUGUGAUUGAUAGAAAGGAGAAUGGGAAUUUGAAGACUCUUCUAUCUUCUGACAGUGAAUCCCUUCUAGACAGCCACAACAGCAGUGAAAUUGACAUACUGGUUGUUGACGUUGAUUCUGAAGAUCCAAGCUCUGGGUUGUCCUGCCCUGCUGCUGAUUUCAUUGAAGAACCUUUCCUAAAGGACGCAAAGAGCUCCAUUUCCAAGCAGGGUCUGUUUGUUGUGAAUUUGGUCUCUAGAUCUACAAAGAUCAAGGAAAUGGUGAUUUCAAGGUUGAAAACGGUCUUCAACCACCUUUAUUCCCUUCAACUUGAAGAAGAUGUCAAUGAGAUUCUUUUUGCCCUGAAGACAGACGAUGGUAUCACGGAAAAUCAGUUUACCGAAGCUGCUGAUCAGCUUCAGAAGUUGUUGCUCUGCAGGCAUCCAAAGAUGAGACAAGCCAUUGUAGACACGUCCAAGAAAAUUACACGCUUGAAGUAAAUUGUCAGAGGCAAAAUGUUCUAUUCUGUUUGUAGCUUUCAAAAGAAAGUCAAAAUUUAUUUUGGUGCUGCCGAUGGUGUAAGUGAUGGCCAAUUCCAUCCAUUGUUCCUUUGUGGGAGCUUCUGUAUCAAGAUCUGCCUAAUACGCAAUUUUCUAUACUACAGUGAGCUUUAGUUCCUCCUGAAAAGUGAACUGAUCAGCAGAUUGAUAUGCAAGGACUGCUAGAUUCUGAGUC